UGAAUAGAGGGGGGAAGCCGCCUCGGUGUUGCUCACGGCACCUGUCUGUCGGAGCUGACUCUGUGCGAGGGAAUACCCCCGACGAACGCCCGCCUUUUGUUUCGCCUUGCGCUGCCAUUUGCGUCAGGAGAAACACCAUAACGCCGCCAUGCUGGUGUCGCGGGUGCCGUGGUGCUCGCUGUGCCGCGGGUUGCUGCAGCGGGCAGCCGCCGCUGGAGCAGCUAGCGGCCCGGCAGAGACUGGCCGGCGGUGGUUCUCGCAGGACGUGGUCAAGGAGCUCGAGGCCAUCUUUGGCCCAAAGAACGUCAGCACCACCGAGGCCAUCCGGGAGCAGCACAGCCGUGACGAGGGCCCUCACGUCCCCGCCGCGCCAGACGUUGUCGUCUUUGCCCAGGACACCAACCAGGUCAGCCGGGUGGCCAAGCUGUGCUACCAGAAGGGAAUUCCCAUGAUGCCGUUCGGCAGCGGCUCCGGACUCGAGGGCGGUGUGCAGGCGAUGCAGGGCGGCGUCUGUAUCGACCUCUCGCAGAUGGACAAGAUGGUGGAGCUGAACGCCAGUGACUUCGACGUGGUCGUCGAGCCCGGCCUCACGUGGCGCAACCUGAACCAGCAGAUCCGCGACACGGGCCUGUGGUUCCCCGUCGACCCGGGCGCCGACGCCUCGCUAGGCGGCAUGUGCUCCACCAGCGCGUCGGGCACCAACGCCGUGCGAUACGGGACUAUGCGCGAGAACGUGCUCAACUUGGAGGUCGUGCUCCCCGACGGCACAGUCGUCAACACGGCGGGCAAGGGCCGGCGCACGCGCAAAACGUCUGCGGGCUACAACAUGACGAACCUGUUCGUCGGCUCCGAGGGCACGCUGGGCAUCAUCACGCAGGCCACCCUUCGGCUACACUCGGCGCCCCAGGUGAUCGUGGCAGCCGCGUGUCCCUUCCCGACCGCGACUGCGGCCGUCGAAGCCGUGGUGCAGACACUGCAGUGCAACGUGCCCAUGGCGCGCAUCGAGUUCCUCGACGAGAGCACCAUGAAGGCUUGCAACAAGUACAGCAAAACUGAUUACAAGGAGGCGCCGACGCUCUUCCUCGAGUUUCACGGGUCCUCUGACCAGGCCGUUCGCGAACAGGUGGACAUGGUGACCGAGAUUGCACAAGGCAACGGCGCUUCGGAGUUCCAGUUUGCGCGUGAGGCCGAGGAUCGUAGCAAGCUCUGGAAGGCCAGGCACGCCAUCUUCUACGCCACUUGUGCUCUGCGCGCAAACACGCGCUGCUACGUCACCGACGUGUGCGUCCCCAUUUCACGGCUACCAGCGCUGGUGGCAGCCGCCAUGGAGGACAUCCAGCAGCACGGCAUCUUGGCCACCGUCGUGGGUCACGUGGGUGACGGCAACUUCCACACCAUGAUGCUGUUCGAUCCUCACGAUCCAAAGGAGACCGCCAACAUCUUCGAGGUGGCCCACAAGCUGGCCAGCAGGGCUCUGGACCUGGACGGUACGUCGACGGGUGAACACGGUAUCGGGAUCGGUAAACGCAGCCUGCUGGUCCGGGAGCUCGGCGAGAACGGCAUCCAGCUGAUGCGCACGCUCAAGAACGCCGUUGACCCUAAGGGCAUCAUGAACCCUGGGAAGCUCUUUGUCUAGCCAUGUGCUCGCGGCCUACGUGGAACAUCUCCUAUCGAGCUAAUGUCCGCUGUUGUCAAUAAGCGCUUGAAGCCUCGGUGUUAAUUGCUCCGGACGACGGUGACCUGUAAAGUGGACGAUGUGCGUGAGUGACUCUACAGCGUUUGAUCUGGAACAGUCCAGGCAAAUCGGCGCGUUUAGUUGGUCAAAAAAUUAUCGUUACCUCAGGUGAUCUGUGCGCAUUGCGUCUUGUGCUUUGAUAAUUUGUGGAAAAGUAUCACCGGAGAAACCGUGGAUAGAAAUUCUUUUACGUCGUACCUGUCUUACGGCUGUGUUCCUUGAGCGUUCUACCGGCGGUAGUCUCACUCCGUGCCAUGUAGACGUAAGAAAGCUUCACCAGUACCGCUGUUGACCGGUUGAUAUAGCUGUCAUUUGCAGCGGUAUAUUAUCGACGAACACGUUGCUACCGCAGCUACGCAAUUAGAGUUUCAUCUGAUUGUCUUAGGAUUUCUCAGGAAUCCAAAGCUGGAUGAAGUGCCGCGUUAAUGGAGACUUGAUAAAUUCGGCAUCCCCUCUGCGAUGAAGGUAAAAAACACGGGAUCGAAUAUUUACAACAUUGACAUUUUUUUUAUUGCUGCGAGCUUUAUCUAGCCUACUCAACAUCGGUGUAUAAUGUGUACAGAGUGUAUUCAGUUAAAUUACGGACAGUGGAAAUAAAAAGUUUUAAGUAGUUUCUUGAUCAGUAUUUGCCUAAAUUCUGUAUUUGUUUUUAAAACAGCAAUCGUGGAUCCUUCUCAAGCAUCUUUGUUUUAUUUAUCUCCCGGGCGCUGCAAGUAGGUCAGUGAAAAACUUUAGCAUCCCGUACCAUGACUGUACGUGACUUCAUUUACUACAGCACAUGACGUAUAAGGUAAGGUGUUGGCACGUAGUCAAGGGGCAGUGAAAGUGUUUGUCAACAUUCUAAGGACGUGCCCUGUCACUUCGCCGUCAUAAGCACAGUAGUCGUUUAUGAAUGCAACGACGGCCUUAGCAGCGACGUCCCUGAUGUGUACAGGUAACCGCAAAGUUGAAGAUUUCCAUCGCGAU